AUGGCAGAAACCAAUAGAUUUUUCUAUGAAAAGCAUUUAGCUCAUCAAAACUUUACUGAUGAACUACUUAUAAUCUCAAAAAAAGAAGACACAAAAGAUAACAUAAAAUUUAGACUUUCCUAUCUAAUUAUUCUGAAAGAACAGAAUAUGACAGAGCUUUGCAUGAAUGAGACACUCAAAUUUCUUUCAGACUAUUUGAUAAUAAAGCAAGAAGCCUGGAAGUAUCUAGUGCAAGGGUAUUUAGUACUAAUAGAUAUGUAUAACAAUCUUUGUGUUUAUCAUAAAGCAAUGGAGAAGUUAGAGUUAGCAAGAAAUCUUAUAGAAUCUUAUGCUCCUAAUGAGCAAAAAUUAAAAUAUUUGGCGUAAAUAUGUCUUAAAUCAGCCUAUUAUAAUUCUGAGUUCUUCAAGGAAAAGUCACUGGAAAUUUAAUUACAGCAUGCAUAAAAAAUAAUAGAUUAAACAAAGUCUAAGGAACAAUAGGCAGAGUUGUAUAAAAUAAAAGGAGUUAAUUUAGUAGAUACAUAUUAAAUGGAUAAAGCUCAAGGAUAUUUUGAGAAGCAACUCAAAGUUUUGAAAGAAAUUCAUGUAGAGCAUCACCCCUCAAUUAUCAAAGUCUAUCUUAAAUUGGCUAAUUGCUGUCAAAAUUUGAGAGGGGAUAUGGCCAGGUUAAGGAAUGCAGAGAAAUAUACAGAUAAAGCUCUUGAGCUUGCGAAGGAAUUAUUUGAUAUUCAAGAUGACAGUGGAGAUGAGAAAGAUUUUGAACACUUACUGAUUGUCAAGAUUCUCAUAUUUAAGGCUAAAACUUCAGCUAGAAUGUUUAAAAGAGAGGAUUUCAUGGAAAAAUAUUAAAGGAUAGAGUUACUUAUAAAUAGUAUCUUCAAAGAAGAUGAGACAAACUCAAAUAAGAAAAUUUUGAAUAAAAUUUCAGAAGAUGCUUCGGAUAUUGGAUGCACUGAAAUAAAGUCAGGUAUUAGUCGAUUAAUCAAGAAAAUUAUUAAGAAAAAUUGUAGUCCUGAUGGAGUUGUGUAUGCUAUGGAGUACUUAGGUGUUUUGAAUGAAGACUUUUCGAAAAAUCCUUUCAAAGCAAUUAAUACUCUUAAAAGAGGGAUGAAUAAGGCAAAGGAUCAGUUUGGCAGUGACACCUUAAUAUAUGUAUUCUACGAAGCCUAUCAGUUAUUGAUCGAUUUACAACAUCCAUAGAACAAUAAUGAAAACUUUCUCUCUUUGAUUGAACAAUGUAGACUGAAAUUUUUAAAGCACUUUGAAGGUUUAGAGAGCCAUUAUAUGUUCUCACUACUAUAUAUGGUCGAAAUAUCUUACUAUUUAAAACAGAAAGCGUUAAAGCAAAAGAUGUAACAGUAAUCUGAAUUAAAGUAUUUGAACCAAAUACUUUAAUAAAAAUGCGAAAGGAUGAUAGAAAUCGACUAGCAGAGAAGUGGGAAAUACUCUACUACUAUCAUAGAUUUCCUUGGAGAACUCGCUAACAUCUAUAUUUCAUCAUGCUAAUUUGAAAAGGCUUAUGAAAAGACAUAACAUUUUAUGGAUAUAAUAGAAAAGAUGCCAUGGCUAUAAUAAGAUAAACUUUUUGAAGAUAAGAUAAUGAUGAUGAAAGUGGUUUAUGAGGAUACCAAAAUCCUCACUGGUAGAAAGAAAGAUUGGAAAGAUUUUGAAGACUGUUAAAGGACUAUUAUUGCCAAGUAAAAGCUUAAAAUUGGAGAUUUGGCAAUAAUUAUAAAGAAAUGUGAAUUACUUUAGCUCAUGAAUAAGAAAUAAGAAUGCCUAGAAUUUAUAAAAUCUACAUUGGUAGAUAAUGAUAAAACUAAGAAAUAUUCAGAUGGAAAACUUGCUAAUCUAAUUAUGGUAUGGUUGUUGAUUGCAUUUGAACAAAACAAUUCUAAAGAAUUCAAUGAGGCUGAAGCAAAAUGGGUUCUAGCAGAAAAAAAUGAUACUCUUGAAUUCAAAAGAGCAAUAUCAUAAGAAGAAAGAGAAUUAAUGUCAAGAAUAAUCACUGGACAUAAAGUUUAGCAACAAGAAGAGUAAUAGGCAACUCCAAGCUAAAAAUUAAUGAGAUUAUCAAAAAAGCAGGUAGCUGUAUUAGUUUUAGUUGGUGGUGUGGCUUUUGGAUUAUUUAAGAUUUUCAAAGCGAAAUAAUGA